AUGAGUAGUUCGCCAAAUUCCGGUGGUCCUAACUACGAAUAUGGUGGUGCUGGAGGUGCAGCAGGUACUGCAAUAUCAUCUUCGCCAACAUCCAGUGGUGAAUCGCCGCCACAACAAUGGCAACAGCCAGGACCCACUGUAGAGUUAAUGCACAUGAAUGGCCGUAAGGUAUUGGGACCACCUGAAGAUUGGGUUGGACCUCCACCAAGUAGUGUCUGCGAACUAUUUGUUCGACGUAUUCCAAGAGAUUUAAAUGAACACAAACUUUUGGCACCCUUUCUAAGAUUUGGACGUAUCUAUGAAAUACGUCUGCCCAUGGACUUUAAUCAAUCAUAUCGUGGCUAUGCCUACGUUAAGUACACUAAUGAAGAGGAUGCUGCAUGUGCUAUGGAAGUAUUGAAUCAUUAUUAUGUUCAGACCGGUCGUAAAUUGGAAAUUUUACAUUCCUACGAAAAGUGUCGUUUGUUUGUGACGAAUAUACCAAAACAUUUGGAAGAGCAUGAAAUUGAGUCGGAGUUUCGUAAAACAUUUCCAACUAUGGAGCGAAUAUAUACACGGCCAUCCAGUGAUGGCGGUAAUUAUAGCGGUGGUGGAGGAGGAGGAUGUGGUGGUGAUUCAGUUUCUCCCAGUCACGGCAUUGGAAAUCGUGGUCAUGUGUUUGUCCAUUUUCCAUCCCAUUUGCAUGCUUUGGAGGCCAAGAAGAAUAUAACACCGGGUUUGAUUCGCAUGUGGGAUAAGGAUUUGAAAGUUGUCUGGGCCCAUACUGAUCGGGAAAAUAAUGCAACAAAGGCGUCAAAAACAUUAUUCGUUCGUAAUGUCGAUCUGACUGUCAAUAAUCGUGAUAUUAUCGAGCUGCUUGUGAAAUAUGUACCACGCACCACAGUCUGCAAAAUAUCCAAAGUUCGUACCACUGCCUUUUUUGAUUUUACCACACGUGAAGCUGCCGAAAUUUGCCUAAAACAACUUCAAGGUGUAGAGCUGAGAGGUCGCCGCUUAGAUGUGGAAUGGGCAAAACCAUCUGAACAACAAUCAUUACAUCGUAUGCGUGGCACAGAUUUCGAUGCCGUCUUACGCCUCAAAUGUAUUGCCAAUUGUUGGCAUAUUCCCAUCAUCAUUUUUGGUUGUUACUAUGAACAGGAACAUUUACAAUAUGGUGUGGUCAUUUUAAGGGAUGCCCAUGGUAUGGUACGGGCAACAUUUUGCUUAAUGAAGACCACGGAAUUGGUAGAUAUCCAUUCACGCAUGUGUGAAGUUGUGUGUGCUCUGAUUGAAACAAUUGGAGCAUUUCCAGAUUACAAUUAUGUUUUUAUGGUGGAAAAGGAUUCGGCACAUUUGUUGGGCAUGAUAAUGUUUAAUCCCUAUUCUCCCGAUUUCAUGGCUGCCUGUGGUGUACCCCCCGAUUUUCAUUUCGAUUUAAAUGAACUAAUCGAUUUAAGCUCAGCCGUAAUUUCGUUAUCAUAUUUGUCGGAAAAUAUUCUACUGACAGCCUAUAAAGAAAGUUUUCGCUGUCAAAGUGAUUGUACAUAUCUUCAAAAUUGGCCACUGAUUGGACAUCGUUUAUUUGGCACGAUAAUGCCCAAGUAUCGUAAUAAGCCCCCCUUAAAAUAUAAUUUAAAUGAUACACAAAUUGUAAUGGCGCUGUGCUUCAAAACGACUGGUACCAAUGCAGCUUCCCCGACUACCAGACAAUAUACGGCAUUUCGGGUCUGCAGCUAUGAUCAGGGCUAUGAGGGUUUACGUUAUGUUACUUUGAAACUUUUACCCGUUGCCUUGACACAAUCACGUUUCGUUGUGUCGCAUGUCUUGAGUCAUGUUCUAUAUGGUGGUACACAAUAUUAUCAUCCAUCACAGCGUAUUAUGUUGCCACCAUUGUGGAUAACAGGUUGUUCGUAUGCCGAAUCUAUUAAACAGCUGCCACACUUUGAACCAAAAAAGGAGGAAAACCCGCAGGAGGAGGAGAAGGGGACACAAGCAAAUGAUAUAAUAAAUAAUAUGCAACAAUUAUCAAUACAAUUUACACCACAGCAAUCAUCGACACCCACACCACCACAACAUUCAAAUCAACAGAUGAUACCACCACCUCCAGGAAUUUUUAUAUCCACCACCACGGCUUCAUACAAUCAGGCUCCAGUGCCAACAGGCAUGGUUAAUUAUCUCACACAACAACCUGUUGCCUCUUUUCCAAAUGCUGCACAACAUUUAACUCUGCUCCGUCCUGUAAAUGGCGGCUAUUCUCCCCCAUAA